GCUCAGCGUGACGUCGCUCGGGGCUGCUCUCCGCUUCCUGGUUGAAGUUGUCAAACGCGAACUGGUUUGGAUACCAGCCGACGUCCUCACCCGACGCCCUGCGGCCCCCCAGCGAGUUGAGUCGGCCGCCAAGCGAGGAGUCCUCAGGGACGAUGGCGUUCAGGAAGGCUCUGAAACGGACAGCGCUCAUCGGCAGCGGGGCGGUCGCCACCGUUUUCGGCCUCUCCCAGCUGAUUGAGUACAGGAAGACGCAGCACGGAUUGGCUCGGUUGGCCCACGUGGAAGCAGAAGCAGAGCUGAGGGUUCCCUUUGCGGACGAGUUCCCCGCUCGGCAGGCCCAGCUCGCGGCGCUGCAGAACACCGAGGAGUUCGAUGUGCUGGUGGUCGGGGGAGGGGCCACGGGUGCAGGGUGUGCCUUAGACGCUGUCACGCGCAACCUCAAAACCGCUCUGGUAGAGAGAAGCGAUUUUUCUUCGGGGACCAGCAGUCGGAGUACCAAGCUACUCCACGGUGGAGUCCGCUACCUCCAGAAGGCCAUCAUGCAGUUAGACUACGAGCAGUACAUGAUGGUGAAAGAGGCGCUCCACGAGCGAGCCAACCUCCUGGAGAUUGCACCUCACCUAUCUGCGCCACUACCCAUCAUGCUUCCUGUUUACAAAUGGUGGCAGUUGCCUUACUACUGGGCGGGGAUCAAGAUGUACGACUUGGUGGCUGGGAUCCAGUGCCUGAAGAGCAGCUACGUCCUCAGUAAGACCAAAGCCUUGGAGCUUUUCCCCAUGCUGAAGAAGGACAAGCUGGUGGGAGCCAUCGUCUACUACGACGGGCAGCACAAUGACGCCCGUAUGAACCUGGCCAUCGCCCUCACGGCCGCCCGCCACGGCGCCGCCGUCGCCAACUACACCGAGGUGGUCCACCUGCUGAAGACCAAGGACCCGCAGACCGGCAAGGAGAAGGUGUGUGGCGCUCGCUGCAGGGACGUCAUCACAGGACGGGAGUUCGACGUGAAGGCCAAGUGUGUGAUCAACGCCACCGGGCCGUUCACAGACUCCCUGAGGAAGAUGGACAACCAGGAAACCCAAAACAUCUGCCAGCCCAGCGCCGGUGUCCACAUCGUCAUCCCCGGUUACUACAGCCCUGACAACAUGGGGCUGCUCGAUCCGGCGACGAGUGACGGACGUGUCAUCUUCUUCCUGCCCUGGGAGAAGAUGACCAUCGCCGGGACGACCGACUCGCCUACCAGCGUGACAGCCCACCCCAUCCCGGGGGAGGAAGACAUCAACUUCAUCCUGAAUGAAGUCCGCAACUACCUCAGCCCUGACGUAGAAGUGCGCAGAGGAGACGUGUUGGCGGCGUGGAGCGGGAUCCGUCCUCUGGUGACCGACCCCAACUCCAAAGACACUCAGUCCAUCUGUAGGAACCACAUCGUCAGCAUCAGUGACAGCGGACUGGUCACCAUCGCCGGUGGGAAGUGGACUACCUACAGAUCGAUGGCUGAAGAGACUCUGGACGCAGCCAUCAAAGCCCACGGCCUCUCAGCAGAGCCCUGCAAGACCGUGGGCCUGAUGCUGGAGGGAGCCAAAGGCUGGACCCCCACGCUCUACAUCCGCCUGGUGCAGGACUACGGACUGGAGAACGAGGUCGCUCAGCACCUGGUGUCCACGUACGGAGGGAAGGCGUUCGACGUGGCCAAGAUGGCGCAGGUUACCGGGCAACGAUGGCCGAUCGUGGGGAAGAGACUGGUGUCGGAGUUCCCCUACAUCGAGGGCGAGGUGCUGUAUGCGAUCAAGGAGUACGCCUGCACGGCCAUCGACGUCAUCGCCCGGCGGACGCGCCUGGGCUUCCUGAACGUGCAGGCGGCCGAUGAAGCGCUCCCGCGCAUCGUGCAGAUCAUGGGGAAAGAGCUGGGCUGGAGUGAGGAGAGAAAGACGGCAGAGCUGGAUGCAGCCAGGAAGUUUUUGUACCUGGAGAUGGGCUACAGGUCUCGCUCCGAACAGCUGACCAGGACAUCUGAGAUCAAUCUGGACAACCAGGAAGUAGCCAGGUACAAGAAGCGUUUCCAUAAGUUUGACAAAGAGAGCAAAGGAUUCAUCACGACCGUUGACGUCCAGCAGGUUUUAGAAAGCAUCAAUGUCCACAUUGAUGAAAAUGCGCUCCAUGAAAUCCUUAAUGAGGUGGACCUGAACAAGAAUGGACAAGUGGAAAUUGAUGAAUUCAUGCAGCUGAUGAGUGCGGUGAAGAAAGGACAAGUGUCCGACAGCCGCCUGGCCAUACUGAUGAAAACGGCGGAGGAGACGUUGGAAAACAGAGGGCCAGUGACCGUGGACCGGAGCGGGGGCGGAGUCUGAGUCUCACGAUGCCGAGAAAAUCCAGAUCUGCUACUGGUCCUUUUUAAAAGGUGGCGACGGUGCCGUGUGGAAGACAACGAUGCAAUCAUGCCAGCACGGUGGGAUGAAUUUAGGCAAAUCAAGCGUCAGCUGGGUGUGGUUUGGAGUGGAUCGGUACCUGAUGAUUGGGGCUGAGGUUUGUGUUUCAUGAUCAGUUGAACGCAACAUCAGGUGCCUCUGAUGUUACGCAGCACAUCUGUUUUAUACUGUCUUUUGAUAUUUCAAUCAUUCACAAUAUCUUUUUACUUUCUCCAACGCUGCUUUUUGACUUAACCUUAAUUUAUUUUUUAACAGUACCGACAGUGAUUGUUGGUUUUUCAUGUGGCAACUGAGCGUUUGGUCCUGCUUUCUUUUAUGGGUCCAGUAUAAGUUAUCCUUAAUAAGACAUACAGUAUAUGUAACCUGCUACCAGUUAUCAGGAAAAUUAGACAUACUUAACUUAAAUGAAGAAUAAAGUUUCUAGUAAUAAAUGACUUAAAAUGAACAUUUACUGGGCUUUAAUGGACCCUAUUUUUCCUGUAACCAGUCAAAUUUAACCAAUUAUGUCCUGCAAACUUUCAAAGAAGUAAUCAUGGACCCCUAAAAUAAAGCAUAGCCAGAUUUUCAUUGUAUUUCUGAUGUUCCAUGCACUAGUCAGGUAAUAUUUAAUGGUUCUUAAAGCACUCUGAGAUGUUUCUGAAGUACUUAUUUGGGUUCAGUGUGGGAUUAAUCGAGCAUCUUCUGGCCCACUGUGGUUUUCCCUUUAUUGCACUACUGACGACUACUGUUGAUACUGAGGUUUUCAUCGCAAGGUUUCUAGCUUUAGUGGUUUUAAUCCUCUUUUUCCAUCUAUAUUUUUUUUAUUUAUUCUUUUUUCUCAUGCUACUGCAGCCAUUUAUAGACAAAUACAGUUCGAUGCUUCCAUGUGUUGCAUGAGAUAAUCUGGAUUUUAAAGGGACUUUUCACUUGCAUGCUACCCUUUGACUCAAUUUUGUUUUUAAUUUCACAAAAAUGUGUUUGGAGUUCAUUCUUUUGUUUCUUGUGCUUGCGGUCGAGGCAGAGAGGAAGUAUACAUAUACUCCUGCUGACAAUUUCAUUGUUUCUGUGACACAGAUAGCACGUUUGUAAUCCAGCAGUGAUGUCAUGUGUUAUCAUUUUGUGAUUUUCAAGAAAUGAAAAGUAUGAUAUGUGCCUUUAUGUGCCUAAGAUAUGAAUGUCUUCUUCACAAUGCCACACUCCAUGUUAAACUAAUACAGGAAAUGAUGUAAACGAAUGUAAAGAUAGUUGUUAUAUAAAGACUAGUAUUUAAA